AUGGCAGUCGAGAGCAACCUUGAAUGGAGCACCCAAUGUACAGGUGCCUUUGCUGCUUUCAAUCAGUUCCUGAAUCAAGAGACCCUUGUUGACAUAACACUGUCUUGUGAUGGACAAGUGUUCAGGGCUCACAAGCUGGUCCUUUGUGCCAGGUCUGGAUUUUUUAAACGUACCCUUCAGCACGAUGCAAAUGCCAAUCCCAUCAUGUACUUCUUUGGGGUGCCAAUCCACCUCAUGAAACUCUUGGUACAUUUUUUGUACACGGGUGAAGCAAAUGUCAAUCAGAAAGAUCUGGAUAAGUUUCUUGAACUGGCUAAAGCGCUAGAAGUGAAUGGACUCCAGAAAACAAAUUUUCAGAGUGGUCCUUCUAGCAGGAACAUAAUCCCUGUCUCUGAUAUCCAUGAAGCCCUGGCUCACAAGAGGAAAUCCUUCAACCAGUCAGAUGUCUUUCAUCAUGAAGUACUCUAUGCCAAGAAGACCAAAGUCCAAGGGAUUAUCUCUAAAUCUCCCUCAACAAAAUCUUUGAAGAAGAAGGUGUCUUUCAUGGAAUCAAAUAGAAGAGAGGGGGCAUCCUAUGACCUUGCAAAGAAAGAGAUGGGGAAUUCUCUGGAUGGAUUGAAAGGUUUUGUGGAUCCUGGCCAUUUGGUGCAGGAGGAAAAAAUACAUGGCAUCUCCAUUCAGGAUACUAAUUCUCAGGGGUCAGGUCUUGUCAUGUCUUACCUGCUUGAUUUCUCUGCCAAGGAUGAAGAAAGGGACUUCAUGGUGCUGCAAAACCUGGAUAUGUGCCUUCAGCCAGGAACAAAUCAACAGGAGGAAGUGGGCUCUCAGAGUGUUGAAAAUCUCACAAGCAUCCCUGAGAAUAUUCCACCUGAUGUUGAUCCAGUGACAGUGACCAGUUUUGUCAAGUACAUCUGGUCGGGCCGAACCCUUACUGAAGGAAGAAAUAAAGUCUACUUUUGUCAGCUUUGCCCUUAUAAAAGUCCCACAUCUUCUCAUGCCAAGACCCAUGUUGUUGUACAUACCAGAGAACGUUCACAUGUGUGCAAUGAGUGUGGUAAGGCUUACCUGCAAAGUGCUCAUCUUAUACGUCAUCUUCGCCAUCAUGAGAAGAAGGGAUCUGAAGAAUAA